AUGAGGCACACGGUGGAUAUCGCCCUUCGCGACGUCCGAACUGUCUCGUUUGAUGGCCAACUGACUCGGAUUCAAACUGGAAACGUGCAGUCCAGACUCGAAGCAUCACCGUCUGCUGCCGGUAAAUAGGCCAGAAAUGGUCAUUUCAGGGCCCUUGUUCUGGUCAGUAGAAACCGCUUGAUAGACCUUCAGCCAUUUUUCCCGAGUAAAUCGGUUCUGGUGGUAGCCAGCGCUUCUUUGUCAAUUCAGUACUAUCCCAUUAUCGUUGUUUACACAAUAACCCAGGUAAAGGCUAACAAUCUCCAAAUGAUUUCCUGAAUCCGAGUGUAGGCAUGAGCUCAAGAAUUCACUGAUUCCUCCCCCUGCAUCAGUAUGUUAAUACGAACUAAUUUCUGAGUCUGUGUUGGGUUGACCCCGCGGGGGAGUUUCAAAUGCCGGAUAAUGUAUUCACAAGUGGGACGCAUCCAAUACAGAUGAUCAGGGAUGUAGGAAAUUGUCUGUCCACUUGUUACUGCUAACUCGAAUGCAGUCACGCAUAAGUUUUGGAUCCUUGUCAGGAUAACGACGUCAGUCGCUGGAACCAUUAAUUCGAGCUUUCGAACCCAUGUGAGAUUCCAUCAUCAGAAGCAGUAAAAAACAACAGCAAUUGUGUUGGUUUCUCCAAGUGACGCUUGCGUGCAUCCCUAUCCGAAAAUGGGGUCUGAUUUUCACGUUGACAACCGACGGCAGAUUCAUUUGCCGAUUCACAUUGUUCAGCCUAGAGGUUUCAAGCCAGUCUCUGCGAGUCUUAUUACCGUCUCUCGCGCUCGCGAAGUCGAAGUAAAGGCUUUGGUACUUCCUUCUCGCGGACGUCCUCCACUCUGAGUCACUCAUUUCUGCCCCGGAGCGAGCAGUCAUUCGUGCCGAUUUCGCGUCAACGUGUGAGCAUCCGAACAUCACUCGCACAGUGAGUUCAACCCACCAACUCGUCACUGCGGCAACCGUAGAUGGGAGUAACGAUAAGCAAUAAUCACUUCGACUGCGAUAGCUUGCUCGGCCGUUGUUGUCAUUGUGGAUAUUUCUCCUGCCACUGGAAAAUCACGCAAACAAUGUCCCGUGACUUCUCCGAUCAAGAUGUCAACUUGUUAUGCGAUUCUCUGUCCCCCUCCUCCCCCAAUUAACGGAAGUUGGUUUCCGUUACUAAAUAGGAUUUGGAGCGAUUGUUUUGGCAUGUCGCCAGGUGGCUUUUAGAUGCAAACGUCUUACAACCUAGUACGUAUAGUUAUCUAUUUAUGAAUAUGGAAACAUUGGGACGUCCUGAGAAGCGGUCUACGAUCGCGCCCUACCAGUCACCACCGCAACCGUCUGUGUUGUUGUUGCUGUUGCUACUGCUGCUGCUGCUGCUGUUGCUGCUGCUGUUGCUGCUGCUGCUGCUGCUGCUGCUGCUGCUGCUGCUGCUGCUGCUGCUGCUGCUGCUGCUGCUGCUGCUGCUGCAGUGGCCUACUCCGUUUCCAUCACAUCGACACGGAGAUCAUCCGAUGAGCCAAUGAAAAGUCCCGUGGGUCAAAUGAGAGAGAGAGCCUUCUCCCUGAGCCCUAAAUUCUACAAAACUGUGGUGGAGGGGCACUCGCCGAUGGUUCUUACGGAACUCACUCGUUCCGUUGUGUCUUAA